AUGAGCCGAGAAGAUGAUCGCCGAAUCUCUUCACUCUCCAUGCAUCCCAUGCAUCCAAUUGAGGAACCACGGAAGCGCACCGCGCGUGCGUGCGAUUCGUGCUACCGACGCAAGAUCAAAUGCGACGCGGCUCUUCCGUCUUGUAAUUGGUGUAGCCACCACAACCUUCCCUGUACUUUCGAUCGAGUGGUACAACGCAAGCGAAAAACUGGGGACGAUGAUGAUGGAAAUCGGCCCAAAGCCUCGAAGCUUUCGGAGCGGAUUAGUCGUAUCGAGCAGCUUUUGGCGGAGAAUCUGAUGCGAGACCCCGGGUCGGUGCCGUCAGAUCUGUCACGGAUCGGAGAUGCUAGUACCACUGCGAGCAAUUCGCCCAAAGGCCAAGCAUGGAUUCAGGCUCGCACCGGGCAGACCAUCGCCAGCAACAAGCUCAGCCCGACCCGAGCACCCUGGGAGAAGGAACGUGGCCAGGCCACCAACAAUAUCUUGAUAGACCUCCGAAGUCAUGAUCCUUUCGAGCUGCCAGACCCGCGCAUUCUUCGUCUCCACGUGGACGCUUUCAAGAAUUCUGUUUUGAUGAGGAGGAUAUUCCCCGUCAUUGAUCCUGAAUUGUUCGAAGAGACCGUAACCUCAGCUUACCAACAGUCACCGAAUAACUUUCAGUUUGGGCAAGCGAGCACUCGAGCUUGCAUCAUCGCGUUUGUGGCCUUUACCACGCGCCUGCCGCCAGUGCAAACCCAGGUCAAGGCCUCCACAACCAUCCCGAUAGACCACGAUGCUAUGGCUACCCGAGCCCAAUUUCUACUUUCUCAGAUGUUGCAGGAACCGGCGUCCUUGGAAGGAGCACAGGCGGUGACUAUGCUAACUCUAUAUGAACUGUCGUCUGGAAACAUGCGAGCAACAAACUACUUUGCCGCAAUUGCAGCACGUCUGCUCUUCAUGCUGGGUGCAAACUUGAUGGAUGUUCGAAUGAGCUCCAGUGAGCGCGGCAAGAAAAAGCAUCAGUUGCUGCGGAAUCUUUUCUGGAUUUGCUACACCCUCGACAAGGAUGUGUCGCUUCGGACCGGACAGCCACCUACCAUUGCUGAUGAGAAUUGCGACUUGACUCUUCCGCCGGGUUAUGUGGAUCAAGCUCACCAUGACGUCGAAAAUGAAGAUGUGUACUUCGACCAGCCAGUGUUUCCAUUCGAUUUGCGUCUCAGUAUCAUCAAGUCAAGGGCGCACAGUGCCUUGUAUUCCGUCAGCGCGAUGAAAAAGUGCGAUGCCGAUCUUCUCAAGUCGAUCCGUGAACUGGAUGAUGAGUUGGAAGCAUGGCGACUUUCACUUUCGCCUCAUUGGCGUCCCACCAUGUCUUUCUCACCCGAGGCGUCCGAUCCUAACAUCAGCAUGCAUUCGGUCAUGUUACGUUUGAACUAUUAUUUAUGCAUGAGCAUCAUCCACCAGGCGAGUAGUCGAUGCAAAGCAUGGCAGGAAGGAAGUGGCAUGAUGGACGGGGUCAGCUCCAGUCUAGCACUUUCCGUUGAAGCCAGCCGCUCGACUUUAUGCUAUUUGGAGGCGGCAGAACACGUCCUGGUUGACGGUGUCUUCUGGACUCUAAUAUUCUACCCCAUGUCUGCGCUGCUUUCCAUCUUCUGCAGUAUCCUUCAGAACCCAUUGGAUCCUCGCUCACGCGACGAUUUAGGUCGUCUGAAGAUGGCAACGCGCAUGAUGGAACGCGUCUUCUUACGAAAGCUGCCCGAUAAUGAAGCGGUCCACCUCAAGCUGGUGGCCGAAUUUGUGGUUGAGCUGAAACGGCUCGCGGAAGCCGCUAUCGACAAGGCGUGGCUCGAGCAGAGCCGUUGCUCGCUUCUGUCUCCAUAA